AUGGGGAAAGGUAUAUAUAGCUUCAUUACCUCCACUGUUCACCAUGUUCCCACGCUUCCAAGGUCAGGAGCAAAUGCAGCAGAUACGUUGGGCCUAAACCAUCUUUCUCUGAGGCAAAGCUUCAGUGUGAGGCUCGCCCUCGCGGUGCUGUUGAUUGCCCAGUUCAGCUUUGGAUUCGACCAACAGGGCUAUUCGUCCACUCAGGCCAUGGCUUCUUUCAAGAAUCAGUUUGGCUCGUACAAUGCAAAGAUGAAGAAAUAUACUUUGGAUACACUGCAUAUUCUUGGGGCAGGCCGCAGAUACGGCGGACGCAUGUGCAUGUUCUGCAUGAGUAUUCGGGCAAUCAUCUGUGCAACCAUCCCCCAUCACCCCGAGGACGUCCGACCAGAUUUUGGUUGGUCGUGUGCCAAGCUUAUUGGCAUUCCAACAGACAUCUACAUCGGCAUGGAGCUAUCGGUAGUUUCUAUCUUCCAAUCCGAGAUCGUCCCUUCUCAUGCCUGCGGUUUUGUUGUCGGGACCUACCAAAGCAGUUCAUAUAGAAAAGCGUACAUGAUCCCAUAUGGAUUGUUCUAUCUCGUCCCAACACCAGUUGUGACACUUAUUUGGUUCAUCCCUGAGGAAAAUAGUUCCUUUCUUGAUAUCUUCCGCGGAUCGAACCUGAGACGUACUCUGGUCGUAUGCGGUACUAAUUUCUUCCUCCAAUCCACUGGUCAAAUAAGUACUUCUCUUUAUGGAGCUCUGUUCGUCUCGGACCUUGGGACGGUCAGUCCAUUCAUCGUAACCGUUAUAAUUGCUAUUUCAAAUCUAACUGCAUCGGGAAUUGCGAUGAUUCUUACGGAUCGAAUUGGUCGAAGGGCUCUCAUCUUGAUUGGUGCCUCUAUCCAGGUUACCUCGCAAAUGACCAUGGGCAGUUUAGGUAAUGCCAACCCAUUCACUAAAAGCGAGAAGGCUGGCGUGGUCGCGAUGAUGGUUACCCGCCUUUGGAUACAGUGUUGGUUGGGCAGCAGGUGCACAUAUUCUCAGUGUAGAAUUUCCCAGCAAUCAGGCUCGAGAUAUGACUUGUCGAACUGCUUCGGUCCUCAACAUUGCCGUGUAUCGGCUUUUAUAUUUGCAUCCAUUGCAUUUGUCUCGAUUGGUAUACGUACUUCAUUCCAAAUGUUGCUGGGUGGUCAUUGGAGGAAGUCAACGAGCUGUUUGAGAGCGACACCCCAUUGCGGAAGUCUUCAAAAGUUAAACUUCGGAGUGAAGGAGACCAUUCUGAGGAUUAAUAAGCAUGAGAUUCAAAUAUUAUAA